GAGGGGCAGAAAAGGACCCGGAAGUGACGAAUUGUUUUUCCCGGAAGUGGCUGUCAGGGAGAAUGGAGCUAGGAGGCUGCAGGGUUGCAUUUGAGAAAGAUGGUGUCUACUUGCACACCAGUGCAAAGCGUCAUCCCGAUCAGGAUUCCCUCAUCCCAGGGGUUAUCCGCAUCAUUGAAAAGGGUUCAGAUACUUUGCUGCAAUGGACACCUAUAGAGGAGUCUUCAGAUUCUGCUCAAAUUGUGUACACCAAGAAGGAGCCAGUGGGCUGCCAGACUGAAGAAGAACUGUUUGAUCCAGGUUAUGAACCAGAUUGGGCUGUGAUCAGUACAGUGGGGACUCGAUCUCGGGUCCAGGAAGAAACAGAUGCUUCUGUGCCAAAAUCCCCAAUCCCUCGUGGCCAGUGGGCUUUCACUCUCAGCUUGUCUGACCUGAAAUCCAUCCGCAAAAGUAAGCCAGGUCUGGGCUGGUCCUACUUGAUUUUCAUCACCAAAGACGGUAUCUCCAUCCAAGCCCUCCAUUUUCAUCGUGGGGGCACCAAGGCCCUGCUCAAAGCUCUCUGCAAAUAUGUUAUCCUUGCCACCUCUCCCAAAGAUUCCCGUCUCUACCUGGUUUACACACACGACUCGUAUGCCCUCUCACACUCCUUUGAUGAGCUUCAGCUCUUUGAUGACAGCUCUUCCAACCUGGUGUCACGAUUCCUGCAGGACCCAUAUGCCGCCACAUUUGGUGGCUUUUCCAAAGUCACCAAUUUCUUCCGAGGGGCUCUCCACCAUGAAGAUGGAGUGGGUCAGCAUUCCCAGGGCGAUGCAGCUGCUGCCAAUGUCGAAGAUGAGACCGGCUUUGAAGUUAUCACCUGUCAGGCACAGCUAGGAGAGCGACCAUCUGUCCAGAGAGAGGCCCCAGUUACAGAGCAGGAAUGGGAGCAGCACUUGGAUCCUGAUGGGCGUGUGAAGGACCUCGCUGGAUUGCGCCGGAAGAUCUUUGCAGGGGGUCUCAGCAUGGCAUUGCGCAAGGAGGCAUGGAAGUACCUUCUGGGCUACUAUGCCUGGGACAACACCAGUGAGGAGAACAAGGCACAAGUGAGGCGGAAAACAGAUGAGUACUUUCGCAUGAAGCUACAAUGGAAGUCGGUCAGCGAAGAGCAGGAACAACGGAACUCCUUGUUGCGAGGAUACCGUAGCCUGAUUGAAAGGGAUGUGAGCCGCACGGAUAGGAACAACAAAUUCUACGAAGGCAGCGAGAACCCUGGAUUGGUCCUCCUGAAUGAUGUGCUGAUGACCUACUGCAUGUAUAACUUUGAUCUGGGUUAUGUCCAAGGCAUGAGUGACCUCCUGUCUCCCAUUCUCUACAUCACCCAGAAUGAAGUGGAUGCCUUCUGGUGCUUUUGUGGCUUCAUGGAACAGGUGCACCGCAAUUUUGAAGAAAGCCAAGAGUCUAUGAAGCGACAGCUAUCACAGCUCACUUUGCUCCUCAGGGUGCUGGAUCCCCCGCUUUGUGAUUUCCUAGAUUCGAAGGAGUCCGGCACUUUGUGCUUCUGUUUCCGUUGGAUCCUGAUCUGGUUCAAGAGGGAAUUCGCCUUCUCUGAAAUACUUCAGCUGUGGGAGGUUCUCUGGACAGGAUUGCCUUGCCCCAACUUCCACCUUCUGGUGGCCUGUGGCAUUCUGGAUGCAGAGCGGCAGGCUCUGAUGAACUCCGGCUUUGGCUUCAGCGAAAUCCUCAAGCAUAUUAAUGAGCUGACAAUGAAAAUGAGUGUGGAAGACAUCUUGUGUCGAGCUGAGGCAAUCUACAGACAGCUGGCAACUACUCCUGACCUUCCCCGCAAUGUUCAGGAACUGCUGGGCCUCUCGGAGGGCAAAUCCCCGACCCCCAGCACAGACACGGCUAGCUCCCCACAGCCGCUGUCUCCCAGCCAGGCCCAGGAGAUGGAACUGACGGACAGUGUUUCGCCCAGCCUGCCGGACAGCAGCAUCGAAAUCUUGCCUACCGAGGACGCCUCCACUUCUCAAUCACUUACUCCUUGAGAACCUCCCAUCGUGGCCACUGUCUUCUUAACACAAGCACUUUAACCAGGGCAGGGUGGGGGCUGGGAAUAAGGCAAGAUGGGUGGAGGAUUAGAGGCGUUGUGUAUUCCCUGGGGUUCAGGUAGCUGUAGGAGCCGUCAACACUUACUGAGCGUAGAUGGGGCUGGGAGUAGCUGUCUUUCCCCUCCACCCCUGAGUUUCCCCCUUACUCCCAUCCCAAGUGGCCUCCAAGGACCCCCGGUGCUUGGUGUGCAUUGUGUGCCUUUCCCAUAAUGCACUGGGGUAUGGCCAUCUCUCAAAGAACAGUCUGACUUGGUAUGGAGUUCACCUUCUUGUCCUCGGAUGUGUGGAGAAGGUGGAAAGGAGCAAGUGAAUGGCUGCCAUGCUUUUUUCCUUUUCUACCCUGGCUUCCUCAGUCUUUAGAUCGGACCUACACAACCUGCAGGCCUCCUUAUGUUUGGGCCUCCAACUCCCAGAAGCCCUAGCUAGCUUGUCCAAUGGUCAGGAAUUCUGGGAGUUGGAGUCCAGAACACCUAGAGGGCUAUAGGUUGUGCAGUACUUCCUUUCACUGCCUGCUAUAUGAUGCUCCCAUUUCACUCCCAUCUGCAGUAUUCAGGCUCAUCUGCUGAGCUUGAGACUGAUGGUGGCGUCUUUUCUCUCCAGGUCGCUGAUGAAGCUUUUCUCUCCGACCGUGGAAGUUAAGAAACAGAGGUCCUUUGGUUGAGAGAAAUGAGGGGGUGGGGGAAUAGAUUUGGAGCAUUUUUGUGAGCAGAAAGCUUGCCAGUGGGAGGCAGGCAGGUUCUCUCCAAAAGAAACAUGGCAUCAGAGGGAACAGCAGUAGAAGCUGGAAGGCAAAGCUCUUAGGUCCUUUGGUUCUUUGCCAGGGAAUUCCUGUUGACGUAGCUCCUUGUGCUUCCCUCCCUUGGCCAGAGGAUCGUCUCCCUUCCGGCUUGCCGCAGUCCUCUUUGUGCGUGGUUUUGAACUGACAGCCCAUAGAUAUGAAGGGGAAAGAUGUCAGACUCUUCUGUGGUGCCUUUCCACCUUAGGGCGCAUGUGGAUUUGAUGACUUAUGUGCCUAUGGGUACGUCUCACGGUCGAACUGCCUGUUUGCCAGCCCUUACUUUGGCUUCUAUGUUUCCUUCAUAACGUACAUUAAAAAUGUAGUGUCAA